AUGAGUGACGCUGCUCCAGUUGCAUCCCCAGCUCCGGUCAAGAAGACCAAGGUCAGCAAGCCGAAAGGCGAGAAGAAGCCCAAAACUGCUCCAUCUCAUCCAGUCUAUUCUGCCAUGAUCAAAGCCGCUCUCAAAGAGCUCAAGGAUCGCAAAGGCGCCUCGAAACAAGCAAUUCUCAAAUUUAUGACUCAGAAGUACAAACUGGGAACCAACGAGAAGCAGAUCAAUGCUCAUCUUCGUAUGGCUCUGAAGAGAGGAGUUAGCUCCGGUGCAUUGACUCAACCCUCCGGUACCGGAGCUGCAGGACGAUUCCGUUUGGCUGAAAAAGCUGCUGCUCCAGCCGCAUCCAAGCCAAAGAAGGAAAAAAAGCCUAAAGCUGCCGGAACACCAAAGAAGAAAACUGCUUCCAAGCCUAAGAAGGCCGCCGGUGACAAGCCUAAGAAGGCAAAGAUAGCCAAGAAGCCGAAAUCACCCAAGAAGGCUGCCGCAAAGCCCAAAAGCGCCAAGUCCCCGAAGAAGCCAGCAGUGAAGAAAGCCGCCAAGAAGCCAACGGCCAAGAAAGCUGCUGCCCCUAAGGCAUAA